AUGUCCGUCUCCGGCAGCCGCUCGCUGUUUCAGAACUUCCUCCUCGGUGGUGGGGGACUCGUCACCAAUGGUGGUGCCGGAAAUAGUAUGAGGAAACUGGUUGAGGAGAAUGCUGUGGUGGUUUUCGGGCACGGUGUGAAACCAGUGGUUUUCGAGGUAGGCGAAGGGAAAGAAGAGGCCGAGGCGGUCAACGAGUUGUCGAGAUCCGGCGGGGUUCAGUUGCCGGGUGUUUUCGUGGGAGGGAAGUUGUUUGGGGGAUUGGAUAGGGUAAUGUGA